UAACGGACUUUGAUGUUUUCUUUUCAAGCUUUUCGAAAAAAGUAUGAAGAAAUGUGAUUAGAAUAUUCUUAAAUUUUUGUUAAGUUAAGGAAUUUUGUGCAAUGGGGUGGAAAUGUGUCGCUUUUGGUUGCAAGUCGGGUUACGACAGUAAUCGUGAAAUAGAUAAAAAGGAAAACAUAAGCAUGUUCCGAGUUCCAAACAAACAAAAAAUAAUUAAACAAUGGCAAAUAGCAAUCUUGAGGGAUGACAUCAAAUUAAAGGCGGGUCAUCAUGUUUGUAGCAAACAUUUUAAAGAUGACGAUAUCAUUCGCGAAAAGGUAUUUAAAGACCGUGAUGGAAAUAUUGUUGCAAGGACUCCGUAUCUAAAACCUCUACUGCGUGAUGAUGCUGUACCAUCUUUGAAUCUUGGCCGUCCUAAAAAACCGUCUCCAAAACCUCGAACAUUAUCUCUAAAAAGAAAAGAACAGGAUGAAAAGAAAGAAAUAGAGAAUCCUAAGAAGAAAUUAAAAGUCGAGAAUAUUACGGAAACUCUUAGCGAUGAUCCAUCAAAUAAUGAAACUCGCCCAGAUCGACGCAGAAUUUUCAGCAAAGGACUUAUUCGAUAAAAUUUUAAAAAAUAAGACGCCCAUUAAUUUACC